AUUUUUGAUGAAAUGUAAUUAUAAAAAAAUAAAAAAAAUAAAAAAAUAAUUUUUUUAAGUUUUUGAUAUUUCGAAGUUAUAUUCAGAAUAUUUAUGGUCAAACGCCUAAAAGUGAAAAAGUAAAAAAAAAAUUAAAAAAAAAAUGAAUAAUUUUUAUGGCCAAAACGGCACGUGAAUGCAAAUAAAUGAAGCCUCACACAAACACUUGUGUAAGGCGCAUAUUAAAAAAUUUGGUCAACCAAGUAUUGCACACUCUCACUUCUCAUACGGGAGGAGAAAGAAAGAAAGAGAGAAAGAGAGAAAGAGAAAGAAUAUAAAUAUGAAGAUCUCUCAUGACUAAGAACUGAAGAAACAGUACAAAUUAUCCUAUUCGUUUACGUUAUUGCGUAUAGACCCAGGAAAGACAAAUGAAAGAGAUCGUGUUGGUCAAUAUUCUGUUGAAGAACCUGUCGAAGCAGUUAUAUGAAGAUGACGAUGACUUGAAGCUGAUCUCAGGUUCAGAGAGUGAGUUUCUAGAUCUGCUGAACCAAGUUCGACGCCGAAAUGCCUGCCUACUCUAUGUCGCAGAUAUUAAGACGCAUCGAUUGAGAAAAGAGUUGAGGGCGGAUAUUUCAUCUGUUAUUUAUAGAACUGAGGACGUCAUUGAUGAGUUGCUGGUUAAGAGGAUGCUGAUAAAAGAGAGAUGCUACUAUUAUAUAUGGCCGGCAAAACGUCUCUUCAUUAUGAGCUCUAGCCGCCGGAAUAAAGUAGUACUAAAGAGUGCUUCCCAAGUUAUCAAAAACCUCCUUGACAGAAUGGUGAAAUUUAACAGAAUGGUGGAAUUUGACAAAAUGGUGGAACCUCCGGGCGGAGAACGACUAGCUUUUCAAAAGUUUCGUCUGGUUGCAAAUGUUGUCGUUGCUUUGGGUAAAACAGUUCACCAGCAGUCUACGAGGGUGCUCGAUCCCCUGAGGGGGGUCAGUCAAAAGUCUCGUCUGUUAAAAAAUGUUUUGGAUGAUGCUUCGACUCAAACAGUUCCCCAGCCGUCUACGAGCGUGGUCGAUCCCCCGAGGGGGUCCGGUCAAGAGUUUCAUCACCAACAGUCUACGAUCGAGCACCACCAGGCUACGAUAAUGCUCGAUCCCCUGAGGGGGUCCUGUCUAAAGUUUCGUCUGUUAGCAAAUGUUUUGGUUGAUGCUUUGCCUAAAACAGUUCACCAGCAGUCUACAAGCGUGCUCGAUCCUCCGAGGGGGUGUGGCUACGAGGGAUGCGCCAGAGUGGUGGGCUACUCUUGGGAAGCAGAAAAACUGAUCAAGCGACUUAUUGAAGGACCGGAAGAUCCAGAUGUUGUUCCCAUUGUGGGUAUCGUUGGACUUGGGAAAACCACAUUGGCAAAAGAAAUCUAUUCUGAUUCUCGAAUUAUACAUGAAUUUCACUUCAAAUAUUGGGUUAACGUCCACCAAUUCGAGCUGAAGGAUAUCUGUCUUUCUAUUCUUGAACGGCUCGAGCGAGAUGGCAUUAAUGUAGAAUAUGAUGAAGAUAUGGAUGUGCGUGAAUUAGCUGAGAGAAUAUGUGAUAUUUUGGCUGAAAGAGAUGGUAGAUGUCUCUUUGUGUUGGACGACGUGCGGACAUCAGAAGUUGUUGAUCUUUUCAAAAUAAUUUUUCGAAAAAAUAAAAAACGUCACCGUAUUCUGAUGACCACUCGCAUAGGAUAUGUGGCUACUUAUGCCAAUGAAGAUCCUCAUUAUCUGAAACAUCUGUCUCGAGAUGAAAGUUCUGAGUUUUUAAUUGGAAUGUGUGGCGGGAAAAGUACCUUAUCUAAGGAGUUGGUUGGAAUCGGGAUAAGCAUUGCAGAACAAUGUAGUGGAGUACCACUUUUGUUAGUUCUUGUUGCAAAUUCAUUAAAAAUUCGCCCGGAAAUACGUGAGUGGCAUUUUGUUGAGAGAGAUAUGAUGAAGCGAGUUAUGGAUAAACGUAACCGACUAAGCAUUUAUCCCUUCGUAAAGGAGAGUUAUGAUCGUUUGACCGAGGAUAUGAAGCUAUGUUUCCUAUAUUUGGGCGUCUUUCCUCUAGAUUUUCAAAUUCCUGCUCAGAAAUUGAUUCGCUUGUGGAUUGCUGAGUGCUUAAUAAAUUUUGACUCCGACUUCGACUCGAUAUCACUUGAGGAGAGAGCAGAAAUUUGUUUGAACGCCCUUGUCGAUAGGAAUCUAGUAAUAGUGACGCGAAAGAGGCUUGAUGGUAAAAUAAAAACAUGUCGUGUUCAUGAGUUGUUGCAUGCUUUCUGCAAAUUCAAGGCUGAAAAAUGGCUCUUUAAACUAGUAUCUGAAGAUACUGUCACUGAAAGUACUGUCAAUAAAGCAGAGACUACGCGUCGAUUGUGUAUUCAAUCCACUGUUGUUCUGAAAAACUUUCUCUCCACAAAGCCAGUUGCAAAGCAUGUUAGAUCUUUUUACUGUUUUCAUUCAGAACAAAGCCAAAUGGGGUUGUUUGACAGUUACAGCCAACUCAUCCCCAAAGCUUUUCCAUUGCUUAGGGUUUUGGAGAUUGGUUCCCUUAACCCCGUUUUCCCCAAGGAUUUUAACCAGCUAUAUCAUUUGAAGUAUAUUUCCAUCUCAGGAGAUUUCAAGGCUCUUCCCGAAGCCUUUGGUAAAUUCUGGAACUUACAAACUCUUCUAAUUAACACAACUACAUCAGAGCCCACCCUUGCGAUUGAAGCAAGCAUAUGGAAUUUGUUACAAUUGCGGCAUCUGCACACCAAUAUCCCUGCAAAAUUGCUGUCCUCUCCUAACCCAACUGGUAAAGAUUCUUGCCUACAAACUCUUUCUGUGGUGGCACCAGAAAGUUGCAGGAUAGAUGUCUUUGCAAAAGCUUUUAAUCUCAAAAAGUUGGGUAUUCGAGGGGACAUGGGGGCUUUCCUUUCCCUUAAAUUCAGCAAUCUUGAAGACAUAAGAUGCCUAGAACAUUUGAAACUGUAUAACGAUGGUUCUAAUAAAUUUCCCCUUCCUCCGUCCUUCCAAUUUUUACGCACUCUGAAGAAGUUAACAUUGUCUAACACAAUGUUUGAUUGGAGUGAUGCCAACAUAUUAGGGCAAUUGGGAUCCCUUGAGGUCCUAAAGUUGAAACAGAAUGCAUUCAUGGGGAAAUCCUGGAAGUCGGAGAGAGGAGGUUUCAGUCAACUCCAGGUCCUUUGGAUUGAAAAGGCAAACUUGGAAACUUGGAAGGCCUCAGAACUUCAUUUUCCAAGACUUAGGCACCUCGUUCUCAUCUCUUGUGAAGAUCUUAAGGCCGUGCCAUCUAAGCUGGCUGAUGUACAUAGCUUUAAAGAGAUGAGGCUGGAGAACACACACGGAGCAGUCAGAUCUGCAAGAGAAAUAGAGUGCAAGAAGCUGGAAAGCAUCAAAUUCAAACUCACCAUAUUCCCUCCUGAUGCUGAUUAUUAGAAGACCACAUACUUCUCAAAAGGAGAGAUCCAGGCGUGAUUGUUGCUGGGAGCCUGGAACUAUGGACAAGUAGAAUGCUCUUUGAUACGGAGGCAUCAAAUUUCAUGUUUUCUUCAGUACUCUGUUCAUCUGAUAAACUUAUUCCAAUAAAGAAGUUGUUUGUGUUUUAUUUAUUCAAAUAUUGUGAAGUUGAAAACUAUCCAUGUGUGGUUGAUCACUGUUGGUUUGUUACGUUUCCAGUUCACCAUGUUUGUUUCCAAGUUGUAAUAAAAGUACUGUUCCCUCUUUCCAUU